GUCAAUAUGGCUUUAUGCUUGAGCACGCUGGUGAUGUUCUUCGGGCAGACAAGCAAGUGGUGCUGGCAACUGUGAGACAGACCGGCAUUGCUCUACAGUUUGCCUCAGAGGAGAUGUGUGCAGACAGAGACGUCGUCAUGGAGGCGGUCAGGCAAAAUGGAUUGGCAUUGGAGUUUGCGUGCGAGAAGCUCCGAGCUGAUCGAGAGUUGGUCCGGACAGCGUGUUGUCAGGACGGCCUUGCGCUGGCACUGGCUUCUGCAGCUUUGCGAGGCGAUCGCGAGGUGGUUCUGGAAGCUGUCCGCAGGCAAGGGAGGAUGCUGGAGUUUGCAGCUGAAGAGCUGCAGGCAGACCGUGACCUGGUGCUCGCUGCUGUGAGGACCUCCGGCAUGGCGUUGAGCUUCGCAGCGGAGAUCGUGCUCAUUGCCGUGGCGCAGAAUGGCAACAUGCUGGAGCAGGCUGCCCUGCCUCUCCGUGGCGACAAGGAGGUCGUCUUGAGCGCGUUGAGAUCUGCGGGCCGCGCCUUGCUUUACGCUGCCGUCGACCUGAAGGCGGGGGUUGAUGUCCUCCUUCAGCUUCUGGAGUGCCAUGGCUCCGUCCUGAGCUGCUGCACUCUCUCCGACGAAGAUGUGCAGAGCCUUGCCAGGCACAACAUCGAGAGAACCCUCGCCGAGGGUGCUGUCGAGCUGCGCGAGGAUGCAGAAGUGCUGAUGGCGAUGGUGAAGCAGCACAGCAACGUGGCGCAGUCCGUAGCCUAG